AUGAAGUUCGGCGAGCAUCUCCGAUCAUCCAUGAACAAGGAGUACUUCUGGUACUACAUCGACUACGGCACGCUCAAGAAAGCGCUCAAGACCGGCUACGUCAGCGACCCGACGCCCGAAAACCCCAAGCCCGACCCCAAGCCAUGGACGGAGGAGAACGAGAAGCGCUUCGUGUCGCUGCUGGAGAGCGAGCUGGACAAGGUCUUCAACUUCCAGAAGAUCAAGAGCGAGGAGAUCGUGCGCCGCAUCCAAGCAAGCGAGAAGGAGGUGAAUGAUGUCGUGGCGCGGCUGGAUACUGCGACCGAUGCGCGGCGGCACAGCGUGCGGCCGCCAGUUGCUCCGCCCUCGGAUGAGGACUUCCUGCUGUUGGAGCAGGUGCUGAGCGAUAUCAUUGCCGAUGUGCAUGAUCUUGCCAAGUUUACACAGCUGAAUUAUACAGGGUUCCAGAAGAUUAUCAAGAAGCAUGAUAAACAAACGGGAUGGCAUCUGAAGCCUGUGUUCGCUGCCCGGCUCAAAGCCAAGCCCUUCUUCAAGGACAACUAUGAUGCUUUCGUGGUGAAGCUCUCGAAGCUCUACGAUCUGGUGCGCACCAAGGGCAAUCCCGUGAAGGGAGACUCCUCGGCUGGAGGCACACAGCAGAACUUCGUUCGCCAGACAACCAAAUACUGGGUGCAUCCCGACAAUAUCACCGAGUUGAAGCUGAUUAUUCUCAAGCAUCUUCCCGUUCUUGUCUUCAACCCAAACAAAGAGUUUGAAGAAAAAGACACCGCCAUCUCUUCCGUUUACUUCGAUAAUACCGACACAUGGGAGCUGUACAUGGGACGUUUGAAGAAAACGGAGGGAGCGGAAGCGAUCCGGUUACGUUGGUAUGGCGGAAUGGAGAGUGACCAGAUUUUUAUUGAGCGAAAGACCCAUCGCGAAGACUGGACUGGUGAGAAGUCGGUCAAAGCACGCUUUUCGUUGAAGGAGAAAUAUGUCAACGCCUACCUGUCGGGUCGCAUGACCGUGGAGAGCAUAUUCGAGAAGAUGCGCAAGGAGGGCAAGAAGAGCGAACAGGAGAUCAAUGACCUGGAGCAACUGGCGCGGGAGAUCCAGUAUCGGGUCAUCAGCCGCCGGCUGGAACCUGUGACUCGAACAUUCUACCACCGGACGGCUUUCCAGCUUCCCGGAGAUGCGCGAGUUCGUAUCUCUUUAGAUACUGAGCUGUCCAUGAUACGGGACGACAACCUCGAUGGCCGCCAGAGAUCAGGGAACAACUGGCGUCGAAUGGACAUUGGUGUCGACUGGCCCUUUCCACAACUGCCGCCGGAUGACAUCGACCGAUUCCCUUAUGCGGUGCUUGAAGUCAAGCUGCAAACCCAAGCUGGCCAGGAGCCGCCCAAGUGGAUUCGUGAGUUGACCGCAAGUCAUUUGGUUGAAGCGGUGCCCAAAUUCAGCAAAUUCAUCCACGGGACAGCGACCCUUUUCCCGGACCGCAUCAACCUGCUUCCCUUCUGGAUGCCCCAGAUGGAUGUAGAUAUCCGGAAGCCAGCGACUCGCCGAUUCGGAAUCCAGCGGCCCCUUGCCAGUACUUCUCUAUCCGCCAACGAAACCCCAGAAGACGACGAAUCGGAUGAGGACGAGUCGGACGAAAUUCAGGUUCGUGCUCGUGCCCGAGGCGCGGCACCUGAUGGACGGCCCUCAUUGGAAGAAGUCGAGCCCAAUGCUUUGUUCGAGGAGGAUGGGAACUCGCUAGAUAUUGAGGAGCGUAUCGCCGCUCAACCACUUCCCGGAGACGAAGACUAUCCCCUAUAUGAUUCGGACGAGGAGUCGGUCGACUCUGACGAAUUGGAAGAAGCUCGCAGAGUGGGCGGUCGAUACUAUUACGGAAAGCUCUUUCAGUUCUACACCCAUCGCUUCGGCCAUGCAUUGAUCAACGGUCUUAAGGCCAUUGCUCCCGGCCCACGGCCCACUAGCCUUCCCGCCCCAGAACAACGCGGUAUCAGCGUGAUGGGUACCGAGCGGUCAGUCAAGCGAUUCAUGGCUCCCAAGGGCAAGCGUAUCCACGUGCCCGUUCGCGUCGAACCCAAGGUCUACUUCGCCGCCGAGCGAACCUUCCUGUCCUGGCUGGAAUUCUCGAUCCUCCUCGGCACCAUCGCAGCCACCCUGCUCAACUUCGGCAACGACUACAUCACCUUCGCGUCCUCGUGGGCGUUCACCAUCCUCGCGGCCGCGGCGCUCCUCUACAGUCUGGUCCUGUACAUGUGGCGCGUCGACAAGAUCCGCAAGCGCAGGGAUGUCAAACGCGUGUAUUAUGAAAAAUGGGGCCCCACCGUCGUCGGCCUUGGCCUGGUCACCGUCAUGAUGGUGAAUUUUGGCCUCCGCGCGCGGCAGGCCGGGUUUACGUCGCGCGAUGGCGGUUCUGGGCAUUUUGGAUCUGGUCGGGGCUCGAUGGGAGGCGAGUUGUAA